UUUUGUCUGACUUUUUUUUUGUUUAUCGAUUUCGGGUGUAAACUUUUCACGCAAGAAGGACCGUGAAUCGAAACUUUUAAAACUGGUGAAAAAUAAGUGGAAUUUGGAUGUAAAAAUGUCCAGUUGUCUUACGUGUACGAAAAGUGCAACGUCCCACGGAUCGAUCUCCAUCGCCAGUAGCAGAGCAGCACAGAAUGCUGUGGCCAAGCAUUUAUGGUUCAAAGAAGACGAAAGUUCCAACGGCAUCCUGUGUCGAACUUGCUGGACCAAAAUAGAUGAAUUCCAUCAAUUUUAUUGUGAAAUUGAAAGCAUUCACUCCAACAAACGUGCUGAUUCGAUGCAGUUAGUGAAAGUCAAGCAGGAAGAAGAGAUCAAGCGGGAAAAAGAGGUCAUGCAGGAAGUAGAGGUCAAGAAGGAAGAAGAGGUAAUCGAAAUCGCAACCGUAGAGAUACAGCACGGAGAUGACACAGUACAUUACAAUGUCACCGUUUUUGGUAAAGUUGAUGAUGAUGAUGAUGAAAAUUCGAUCGGUCUUAGUGUGAUGGAAGUGUGCAAAGAAACUGAUGACAGGCAAGAUAUUGGAAACAAAUCAGCCGGCAACGCGGCUAGUAAAGAGCCUCCCACAUUUAGUCAGGAGGCGUUGAUGGAGCUCGAUGCAUAUGCUGAAAAACUUUUGCAUUUGGAAUGCAGUUUCUGCUCUGAGGUAUAUCCUACAUUUGAUAUGCUGCAGAAACAUUCCGUGAAGUUACACCGAAAGCAUUCAACCGUGGUAUGCUGCAAAGUGAAGUAUAAUCAGCACGGCAAAUUCUACAAUCACAUGAAAUCCCAUCUGAGUACAAAUCAGUUACAGUUGGAAAAACCCUGCUCCAGUACAUCGACCCUGAAAAGGUCAUACAUAGUCAUUGAUGAUGAUCUGACAGAAUAUGAAAAGAUUAAAGGAAACAACUAUUCCGAUGACUACUAUAUCAAGGAAGACGAUGAAGAAUCUGAUAAUGGGCAAAAAACUAAAGGAAAAUGCUUGCAUAAGAGGCAUUGUGUCAGGGCUGUGCGGGCUAAACAGGCUGCCGAAGAGAAGAUACAGGCUGAAAAGUACGCUUUAAUGCACGGUGCCUUGGAAUGCAGUUACUGCCCUAAGACAUAUACUACGUUCGAUCUUCUGCAAAACCAUUCGAUGAAAACCCACCGACGGUCAACAAGCGUGCUAUGCUGCAAAAAGAAGUUUUCCAUAAGGGAAAAUUUUUACGAGCACAUGGAAAAUCACCUGAACCCAAACACGAACCAAUUUCAAUGCAACAAAUGUGACGAAUGGUUUACAAGUACAGAGGCCCUGAAAACGCACGUGGACAAGAAACAUGGCCCGGAACAGGUUUUCGAGUGCGGAAUGUGUCCUAAGAAGUUUUCUUCGAAGGCCCUGGUUACGGAGCACCGCAACAGAUGUAAGUUUUGGAAAUAGAUGUUAUAUUGAAUAAU